ACCAUUAAGAAGUUUCACAAGUAUUUGUUUGGCAAGAAGUUUACAGUUUUUACUGAUCAUAAGCCGUUAAUUGGAAUUUUUGGCAGGGAGGGGAGAAACUCGUUGUUUGUGACACGGUUACAAAGAUAUGUUUUGGAGUUGAGUAUUUAUGAGUUUGAUAUUGUUUACAGACCCUCUGCCAAGAUGGGGAACGCAGACUUUUGCUCGCGUUUUCCUCUACCUGAAGAAGUUCCAGCUGCGCUUCAGCGAGAGUAUAUUAAAUGUUUAAAUAUUACCAACGAGUUUCCUUUGGAUUUUGCCCUUAUUGCAAGGGAAACCAAAAAGGAUAAAUUUUUACAACAGGUUGUUUAUUUUAUGAAAAAUGGUUGGCCAGAUAAAUUGGACCGGAACUUUCGGGAUGUUUACGCUCAACAUCAAGACUUGGAAGAAGUUGAAGGUUGUUUACUUUAUCAAGAUCGUGUUUGUAUUCCAGUUUGUUUACAAAAGCGGAUUUUAAGUUUGUUGCAUAAAAAUCAUUCAGGUAUUACAAAAAUUAAGCAACUGGCAAGAAGAACUGUUUACUGGUUUGGCAUGAAUCAUGACAUUGAAUGUUUUGUUAAAUCAUGUAAUAUUUGUUGCGAAAUGAACGCUGUUUCAAAACCAGUCCCUCACUCACCUUGGAUUCCGACUAAAAAGCCUUUUGCUCGUAUUCAUGCAGAUUUCUUUUAUUUUGAUAAGAAAGUUUUCCUGGUUAUUGUCGAUAGUUUUUCAAAAUGGUUGGAAGUUUAUUACAUGAAGUUUGGAACAGAUGCCAGGAAUGUAAAAUCAAAAUUUAUGAGUUUUUUUGCCAGUUUUGGUCUGCCGGAUGUUGUUGUUACCGAUGGAGGCCCACCGUUUCAUUCUCGUGUCCGUUGGGGGCCGCGUUUACCUGGCCCACCGAAAUCAGAUUAAGGUAGCGCGUGGUGGCUACACCCGGGGCGGUCUGCUGGUGGCGUCGAGGUACGAGAGAAUGCAGAAUCGAAAGAGAAGCCGCGAAGAAGAAGAAGACGAUGCCGAUGAUGAAUUUUACGGGUUCGUCUCCGAUUCUUUCGUCUUCCACGAGCCGAUGGACGUCGACCAAGAAGGUUCUCGCGAGUUCGAUCCCCAGGAGGGUUCAUCAAGAACUAUAAGGUGCCCUGAGAAUUUGCAUUCAGAAGGUCAACAAGAUCAUUCGGAAUUCAAUCCGCGUAGAUCGAGCCGAUUGAAAAAGGCUAGGAAAGAUAGUCGUUUUGUUUAUUUCUAAAAAAAAAAGCAAUGUUGAAUUUCUUGUACAAAUAAUUGAUUGCAUUUUUAAUUGGUGUCUUUCAUUCAGAAUUAAAUAUCAGUGAAAUUUUGAAAUAUUAAUUGUAAUAAACUAUAACUCAAAAAGGGAAGAACUGUAAUAACAACCCUGCAAUGUCGACAUACAAGUCGACAAACCUUUUGUAAGCAAAGUCGAUAAGCUAGUGUGAGCAAUAAAACUCUGUCUCUUCUACUGCGAACCACCGA